AUGUCGAAUAGUUACGCCUCGAAAUCAUACGUGGCUCCUCCGAUGCCGGAAAAGGACGUGUACGAGCAAUGUCGGGUGACUUUGCGUCUGCUGAACCUGACGCGUUCCACGAAGUACGAGCUGGUGCAGGAAAACGGACAGCGUCGAUUGACGGCCCCCGAGGUGACGGAAGGCAGGAUGGUGCGCCCCAAGGGCGCGGAGAUCUUCAUAGGUCGACUGCCAAGGGACUGUUACGAGGACGAGCUGAUGCCGUUCCUGGCGCGGAUCGGCCGUCUUCUGGAGCUCCGGUUGAUGCUGGACUUCUCCGGGACCACCAGGGGAUACGCUUUCGGCCUUUUCGAGGACUCGAAGACGGCCAGGCGCGCCUGUCGCGAGCUCGACGGCUUAGAAAUUCGACCGGGACAUCGCGUCGGAGUCGUCAAGUCCAUCGACAAUUGCAGGCUCUUCUUCGGCGGGGUGCCGAAGGACAAGACCAAGGACGAGUUCAUGCAGGAACUCGGGAAGAUCCUCGAGGGUAUCGUGGACAUCUACUUGUAUCCCAGCGCACAGGAUAGGUCCUUGAACCGAGGCUUCAUAUUCGUCGAGUUCAAGGAUCACCGAUCAGCUGCCAUGGCCAGGCGCAAACUCAUUCCUGGACGCAUCGUUUUAUGGGAUCACGAGAUCGCCGUCGAUUGGGCCGACCCCGAAGCCGGGGAUCCGGUCGACGAGGACGUCAUGGAGACGGUAACAGCAUUGUUUGUACGAAACAUUUCUCUUGAAACAUCGGUGCAAACGGUGAGAGAGAUUUUCCAGCAAGUUACUAGAAUCCCUAUAUUGAAGCUGAAAAAAAUCAAUCACUUUGCAUUCGUCCAUUACGAGCAAAGGCACUUGGCGGAACGCGCUAUGGAAAUUAUGAAUCAAUCAGGUGGCAUAGUACGUAAAGAGCAGUGGGAAAUUCGAUGGGCAAAACCGAUUGGCACGACGAAAAUGAUGGAACGACAGCGCUGUAUAAAAGAAGCAAUAGCAACCAGUCAGCACAGGGAAACAUCUAAAGCACAGCCUGCAAUCACCAUGCUGCGAAGAAAAACCUGGAAAGAUAUCCCUAAGGGAUACAGCGAAGUUCCCCUGGACAAAACCGUGACGUACAAGAACAUCUUGGAAAAAUUUGUUGCUUUGAAAUUACGAGCUUCCUGCACACUUGAAUACUGCAAAUCAAUUGAACCGCCAGGCUACGUUUGUAAGAUAACGAUUAUACAAGAUGGCCGGAUUGUUUUCGAAUCUAUUGGGGAGUCCUUUUCUACGCUCUCUAAGUCUAUUAAUGCCACAGCACGAGGUGUGUAUGAGAAGAUAAACGGAAUUCUCAAUAAUUCAUUAACAGUGGAUACAAUGCUGAAUUCGGACAUGCUAAAGCUUAUGCCAGCACCCGUUGCUGUAAACGUAAAACCUCAAAGGAAAAAGUGA